AAUUAUGGAAAACAAAUCUUUCAUUUUUGAGUUUAUUGAACUCUAUCGUUCGCUGCCAGCGUUGUGGAAUAUAAAAGGGAAAGAAUACGCCAAUCGAGACUUGAAAAAUAACCAAUAUGAAAACCGUCUCAAAAAAUAUCAAGAGAAGUAUCCUGAAGCUACAAAAAAAGAUGUAUCUCAAAAAAUUAAUACCCUGCGAACAAAUUAUAGGAGGGAAUUAAAACGAAUAUCGGGAUUGGAGAGGAGUGGCUCUGGACUCACCGAGGAAAAUGAAUCAACACUUUUUUAUUUCGAUGCAAUGGAUUUUUUGCGUGAUGAUGAGGCAAAAUGCCCUUCAAGAAGCAGUAUAGAAGUUAAAGAAAAUAUUACAGAAUAUGUAUGUAUGUUUUUAUAUUUUAAGGAAGUCGAAGCAGAAGCGCCAAGAAAACGAAAAAAGUCAGAUCCAAGUGACGAAUUAAUAAUUCUAGCAGCCAAGCGAUUGUCAGAACCAAAGAAUGAAUUUCGAGCAGUUGCAGAUACAUGGGCAUUAAAACUUAAAAAAUUGGAAGAAACACAACGAAUGUUUGCAGAAAAAUUCAUCAACGACAUAUUAUUUGAAGCUCAAAUGGGUGGAUUGCACAGAAAUUCAAUGCAUCUAAGUGUCGUUAGCAGGACAUGCACGCCUGUGUCAAACGCAUGCCUUUUUUUUUAA